AGUACACCCGCCCUGAAACCUGGAACUAUGCCGCGGGGCCGGCCUCGAAAAGUGAGGGAUAACUCAAACGACGGAUCAGGGGAAGGUGCACAGGAGUCUGAGAAUGGGAGUCACGCAGAGGCCAAGGAGAACAAAUGCAACAUCUGCUCUCAGGUCUUCACCACAGAAAACCAACUGCAGAGGCACCUCCGCGACCAUGAGGCCAAUGACAAGCCUCAUCGCUGUGACCAGUGCCCCAUGUCCUUCAACGUGGAGUUCAAUCUGACGCUGCACAAGUCCACGCACGCGACCUCCGACCCCGCGUGUCCCAUGUGCCUGAAGAAGUUCUCCAGAGUGGCCAGCCUGAAGGCCCACAUCAUGCUGCACGAGAAGGAGGAGAACCUGAUCUGUGGCGAGUGUGGAGAUGAGUUUGUGCUCGAGAGUCAGCUGUGUCUGCACAUGGACGAUCACCGCAAGGAGCUCAUGGGGUGCAAAGUCUACAGCUGUAAGAACUGCAGCCAGGAAUUCAAGACCCCCGCUGAGCUGAAGGAACAUGUCAAGACACAUGCGAAAUCCAGGCCACUGAUCACAAGUUCCAGGAAUUACAAGAAGAACAUUGACCGCAGUGGGUUCACGAACAGCUGUCAACACUGUGGAAAAACAUUUAAGAAGCCCAGUCAACUUGUAAGACACAUCAGAAUCCACACAGGUGAGAGGCCGUAUAAGUGCGAUCACUGCAGUAAGGCGUUUAACCAGAAGGUGGUGCUGCAGACCCACAUGGUUCGCCACACGGGUGAGAAGCCCCACCUGUGCCGCCUCUGCCCCGCCUCCUUCUCCCAGAAGGGAAACCUCCAGUCGCACGUCCAGAGGGUGCACUCAGAGAUGAAAGGUGUGCCGCUGUUCCCCUGUAUGGACUGCAGCUGUGUGUUUAAGAAGCUGGGUAGCCUGAACGCCCACAUCAGUAAGAUGCACAUCUCUGUGGUAGAGGUGGAGGAGCCGGCCACCACGCAGGAGGCAGUGGAGCCCAGCGGCCAGACGGUGUCUGGGGGGUCAGAGGGGGGCGGCGAGGGGGGCGGGGGCGAGGGGGUGACUGAUGUCAUUCAGCAGCUUCUGGAGCUCUCCGAGCAGGUGACGGGGGAGAGCACCCAGCCCCCACCCCCGGUACCCGCCAUCACCAUGGAGACGGCCAUUAACCAGGACAUUCUGCAGCAAGCGCUGGAGAACAGUGGCUUGAGUGCCAUCCCCGUGCAGAACAGUUCCCAGAGCAGUGGUGGGGGUGUGGGUGCUCUGCCCAGGACUAAUGGUGGCCCCCAGAAUGGAGCGGCCGCAGCUGACAGCUCCUUGGUGAGGAAGAUCAUUGGCACGGAGAAGGUGGUGAGGAAGGAGAAGAAGAGCAUCUUCAAGAAGCCCGACCAGAUGCCUGGCACCAUCCGCGAGCAGAACGGCGUGCGCUGGCACGGCUGCCCCUACUGCUCCAAGGAGUUCAAGAAGCCCAGCGACCUGGUGCGCCACAUCCGCAUCCACACGCACGAGAAGCCCUUCAAGUGCAAGCAGUGCUUCCGCGCCUUCGCCGUCAAGAGCACGCUCACCGCCCACAUGAAGACGCACACCGGCAUCAAGGCCUUCGAGUGCCAGUACUGCAUGAAGUGCUUCUCCACCGCCGGCAGCAUGAAGGUCCACAUGAGACUACAUACGGGUGUGCGUCCGUUUCCUUGCCCACACUGCGAGAAGAUCUUCCGCACCUCUGGCCACCGUAAGACGCACAUCGCCUCGCACUUUAAGAGCCUGCAGCAGAAGAAGCACAAGUUCCCACGCAAGCCCCACAAGGCUCGGGUGUCCAAAAGCAGCCUGCCCCUCCCAGAUAUCCCCCUCCAGGAGCCCAUCCUUAUCACCGACAUGGGUCUCAUUCACAACCAGAACUCCCGUGUGUCCCUCCAGCCAUACCUGGGCCUGAUCGAGAACGACAGGCCAUACAAGUGUGCCUACUGCAACAAGGCCUAUAAGAAGUCAAGCCAUCUCAAACAACACGUCAGGUCUCACACCGGGGAGCGUCCGUACAAGUGUGUGCAGUGCAGCAAGGGCUUUGCCUCGUCUGGCGUGCUGAAGGCCCACAUCCGCACCCACUCGGGCCUCAAGGCCUACAAGUGCCUGAGCUGUGACACCACCUUCACCACCAGCGGCAGCCUGCGGCGUCACAUGACCACCCACAGCGACCUCCGACCCUACAUGUGCCCCUACUGCCAGAAGACCUUCAAGUCUUCGCCCAACUGCAGGAAGCACAUGAAGACGCACAGGUACGAGUUGGCCCAGCAACUCCAACAGCAGCAGGCACCGUCAGACGGCACCUCCCUGGACGACCCCCUGGGGGGCGGUGCAGGAGGAGGCGGUGCAGGAGGAGGAGGAGGCGUUACAGCCGUGGGCCAUGACAUGCAGGUGGAGAUGGAGGGUGGAGCGCUGCAGUCUCAGGCCGGUGGCGUUGGCGUUGGCGUGGGGGCAGAGCAGACCGGCAUGCUGGAGCUCACCCAGACGCAGGUGCUGCCGGGCGGACAGAGGGUGGUGCUGCAUAGGGUGCUCGGCGACGACACCCUGGUGCAGGACCCAGAAGAUCAGUUCGGAGGAGCUCAGCACUCCCUUCAGCAGAAUAUUGGGCAGUAUGACGCCUCCACGCUACCCCAGGCGACCUACGACCAGCCUGCACUCUCACAAGGUUUCACCAUUGCGGAGGGCUACAGCGCGCCUCCUCAGUUCUCCACAGUGCAGCAGCUGCAGGACUCCAGCACCCUGGAGUCUCAGGCCCUCUCCUCCAGCUACCACCCCCAGAACAUGCUGCACGUCACCAGCACUGAGGUGGCCGGGGAUCUGUUGCAGGAGCCAUCGCAAGGGGAGCUGCAGCUCUCAUCUACACAGGACUAUCAGGAGGAGGAAAUCAAGAGAGCUUACAGGUGCAAUAUCUGCAACAAGGGCUUCAAGAAGUCCAGUCACCUGAAGCAGCAUGUGCGCUCGCAUACAGGAGAGAAACCAUACAGGUGUAACCUCUGUGGACGCAGCUUCGUCUCCGCCGGGGUCCUCAAGUCCCACCUGAACACACACACAGGGGUGAAGGCCUUCAAGUGUAACGUGUGUGAGGCAUGUUUCACCACCAACGGCAGCCUGAACCGUCACAUGAUCAUCCACCUGAACAUGAAGCCCUACAAGUGCCCCAUGUGCGAGGAGACCUUCCGCACCAACCUGCUCUGCCGCAAGCACCUGAGGAAAGACCACGCUAUAGGAUCCAGAGUGUUGGGGGAGGAUGAGGGCGAGGAAGAGGAUGGUUACGGCCGCGCUGGUGGCGGUAGCAAGAGGAACCGUGCAGGUAUCAUCACCUUCACAGAGGAACAGGCGGCCGAGCUGGCCAAGCGCGAGCCCGGCGAGGGGGCCUCCCUCUCAGAGAAGGUCCUGGCCCAGUCGGCCGCCGAGCGCGACCGCAUCAGUGAGAUCAAGGACAAGGCGGUGGAGAUGGAGACGGAGCCCAAGUUCCCCAACCGCUGCUCUUUCUGCCCCAAGAGCUUCAAGAAGCCCAGCGACCUCGUCAGGCACAUUCGCAUCCACACAGGAGAGAAGCCUUACAAGUGUGAUGAGUGCGGCAAGAGCUUCACGGUGAAAUCAACACUAGAUUGUCACGUCAAGACACACGUAGGUCAGAAGCUGUUCAACUGCCACAUGUGUAACACGUCCUUCUCCACCAAGGGCAGCCUGAAGGUGCACAUGCGCCUCCACACAGGCUCCAAGCCCUUCAAGUGCCCCAUCUGCGACCUGCGUUUCCGCACCUCCGGCCACCGCAAGACCCACAUGCAGAGCCACCUCCGGCCCAGCUCCGAGGGCAGGAAGGCCAAGCGCGCCGCUGCAGGCUCUGGCAGCACUGACCGCCACACCAGGUCACAUCAGGUCACCACCAGGGGGGUUGAUCACCACCACCAACAACACCACCACCACGCCCAGGCCCAUAGUCAGGCCUCCCAGCAGGCCGCUGCAGUCCAGGUGUCCACGCCGGACGCCCUGCCUCCAGUGGGACUGCUCCAGGCCACGGCUACUGAUCCGGGCAUCUACAUACCCAGCACGUCUGUUCUGUCGGGCCAGUACGACCAGAGCCUGCUGCAAUCCGGCCUAGUGGGACAGGCCAUUCUUCCCGCUACCAUGUCAGCGGGGGGUGACCUGACCGUGUCCCUGGGUGAGGGUCUGGCUACUCUGGAUGGCAUCCAUCUACAGCUGACUCCUGCCAACCUGGUGUGCCCCAACGUGCAGAUCGCCGGCCUGGAUGGCAGCAACAUCACACUGCAGAUCGACCCCACGAUCCUCCAGCAGACCCUGCAGCAGGGCGGCCUGCUGUCCCACUCCAUAACGGGUGACCCGGGCCUCGCCCAGCACGCGGGCACCCACCUCAUGGCAGCCGGGGACUCCUCGGUACCCGCCAACGUGGUGCUGCACCCUCUGGCCAGCCUGGCACUGCAGCCGAACGUCGUCCAGGGCAACGUCAGCAUCACUGGCAUCACAGAGCAGGAUGCGGCAGGUUCUCAGGAGCUGUCUCACGUGAUGGGCACCUCAGGGCUGGUGGCUGGAGCGGCCACUGGUCAGGAGAUCACUCUGACCAUCAACAACUCCAGCCUCUCGCAGGUGCUGGCACAGGCCCAAGCCCAGGCCCAGGCAACCGCCGCUGGAGUCACCCCCGCCACCAACAACCCGCAGGAGAUCACCCUCACCAUAUCAGGUCAAGACCUUCUGCCGCAGCACAGCGCCCCCUCUGGUGGGGACAUGGCAGGUGCCAUCAGGCUGGCCUCACCCAUGGGCACUCAGGCCAGCACUGCCACGCUCACCAUUGGCAACGAGCAGCUACUGCCACACAGCCCCUCCAGUGGCACCAUGACGGUCACCAGCCUUCCUCCGAGCACGUCCUUGUCCCACCCGGCGGUAACGUCCCAGAGCCUGGUGAUGUCAUCAGCGGGCAUGGCCAGCGACGGCAGUGUCACGCUCACACUGGCGGACACGCAGAUACUGGACGCAGUCACACUCAACGUCAACUCACAGCAGGCGCAGCAGUACUCCAGUGUGCUGGGUGAUCAGGGUGGGGACCCAGGGGGGGUCCCAGGGCAGGCGGUGGCCUCCGCAGCACAGCAGGUCAUCCUGGUCAGCAACCCCCCCACAACACACACCACCGUCACCACACUGGACGUCAACCUCAACAGGCCUGUGGGUAAGGAUGAGGAGGGGGAGAGGCGAGAGAACCAGUGCUUCUUCUGCGACCAAGUCUUCCUGACCGCCAACAUGCUUCGCCGCCACUGCCGCCAGAGCCACGGCAAGGAGAGGUGCCACGUCUGCAGACUCUGCAACAAGGCAUUCAAACGCGCCACACACCUCAAGGAGCACGAGCAUGUCCACCAGAACGGCCCGUCUCUGAGUUCCCAGAGGCCCCGCGUGUUUAAGUGUCUCUCCUGUGACAAGGCCUUCGCCAAGCCCAGCCAACUGGAACGCCACAACCGCACACACACAGGAGAGCGUCCCUUCAAGUGUCCCCAGUGUGACCGUGCGUUUAACCAGAAGAGCGCCCUGCAGGUGCACCGCGUCAAGCACACGGGAGAGAAACCCUACAAGUGUGACGUGUGCAGCAUCGGCUUCACCCAGAAGAGCAACAUGAAGCUGCACAUGAAGAGGUCCCACGGAUACGGUCGGCCUCAGCAGCAAGGUCAGGUACAGGGCGUUCCUCAGCAGCAGCAGCAGCAGGUGGCGACGCGGCAGCAGCAGCAGCAGCAGUCUGAGGUGUGUGUAGAGGUGACCACAGGCGACGAGCAGCCAGAAGAGGAGGAGGACGACGAGGAAGAGGAGGAGGAGGAGGAAGAAGAGGAAGAGGAGACCACAGCAGAGUUGGAUCUGGAGGAGGUGGUGCAGGAGACGGCACCCGAAUGGCAGUGUACUAUCUCUGGGGUCUUCCCAUAGAUCCACACACCCUGACAACCAUCACCACCAUCCCUGGGAUCUUUCCCCUAUGACUCGCACCACCCAUGAUCCACACCCAACAACCACAACCAUCACCACCAUUACUUGGGGUCUUAUUCGUCUCAACAACACCACCGUCAGGGCACCAUCCCUGGGGUUUUCCCUUAGGUCCACGCCACAACAACCUGCACCACCAGUACUGGAGUCUUCCCUAACGACUUCCCACCACUAUCAUCCUUGGGGUCUUCCCUGAGCCUUCCACCUUGCCAUGUUGCUGCUCAUUCCCAC